CGCUUUAUAAACCACAUCUCUCCUUCUUCUCACUUUCAUCAAUCAUCAUCAUCUCUCUCACCUGACUUUCUCGAGAAAACAAACUCUGACUUUGCUUAUGUACUGAAGAAGAUCAUGCCAGCUACAGAGUUCCAAGGAUCAUUCGGAAGGUCGUUACUAACUUUACGGCGAGACCAAACCGACUCUAACCACCACCACCACCAGCCACAAAACACCAUGGAAGCUGAGCUAGAUUCUUUCCAAAGACAAGUCGCCGAGAAGUUCAUCGAUCUCAACGCCUCCGCCGGAGAUAACAACCUCCUCUCCCUCGACUGGAUCAGCAAGCUUCUCGACUCCUUUCUCUGCUGCCAAGAGGAGUUCCGAGCCAUCAUCUUCAACCACCGCUCGCAGAUCUCCGCACCUCCGAUGGACCGCAUCCUCUCCGAUUACUUCGAGCGGAGCAUCAAAGCCCUCGACGUCUGCAACGCGAUCCGCGACGGAAUCGAGCAGAUCCGCCAGUGGCAGAAACUCUCCGACAUCGUCAUCUCCGCUUUAGACAGCCACCGUCCCGUCGGAGAAGGUCAGCUCCGGCGAGCUAAGAAGGCUCUGAUCGAUUUAGCGAUCGGAAUGCUCGACGAGAAAGAUCAUUCCUCCACGACGAGUCUAGCUCAUCGUAACCGUUCGUUCGGUAGAGCCAAAGACAAUCACAGCCACCACCGUUCGUUCGGACAUUUCAGAUCUUUGUCGUGGAGCGUGUCUAGAUCGUGGUCGGCUUCUAAGCAGUUACAAGCGUUAGCUAACAACUUAAACACGCCUAAACCAAACGACGUCGCGGCGAGUAACGGUUUAGCUGUACCGGUUUACACCAUGACUUCGGUUCUGUUGUUUGUGAUGUGGGUUUUGGUCGCUGCGAUUCCUUGUCAAGACCGUGGGCUGCAAGUGAACUUCUCUGUGCCGAGGCAUUACCAGUGGGCGGUUCCGGUUAUGUCGCUGCACGAUAAGAUCGUGGAGGAGUCUAAGAGGAGAGAUAGGAAGAAUUGUUGUGGGUUGCUUAAGGAGAUUGAUCGGAUUGAGAAGAGUUCGAAGGUGAUGAACGAGUUGGUUGAUUCGAUUCAGUUUCCGUUGAGUGAGGAGAAGGAGAGCGAGGUGAAGCAGAGGGUGGUGGAGCUUGUGGAGGUUCAUGAGGGUUUGAAGAAGGGGUUGGAUCCGUUUGAGAGGAAAGUAAGAGAAGUUUUUCAUCGGAUUGUGAGGAGCAGAACCGAGAGUCUUGACUCUCUUUGUUAAUGAUGUUCUUUGUUUUGGAACAUGUUUGUCCUAAUAUGAUGUUGGUUCAUAUUUGGAUUUUUGUUGUCUUUUUCUUUUUUUUUGGUCAGUGUAAAAAGAAACUCAAAGAGAGUGUAGAAGUCAUCUUCUAAUCUCUUUGUGAUGCUGAUAGUGGAUGAUGUUUCUUCCUUGUGUAGCUAGUUUUUACCAAGAAUGUAUUGAUAUUGAUACUGAACUAU